AUGUCGUCGAUGUUUCCAGCACUGGCAAGGAAGAGGAGGCAGCCAAAGGCCAUUAAACCUCAAGAAUUUCUUAUACCAGACAGGAAUAGAAAAGAACUUCGUUUGCUGUUACAAUCUACAUUUGGGGGAUGUCUUGGCUUUGUGAUUGACAGGAUCGACUUAUCAGGAAGAACAUUGGUGAAGGUGUUUACUCUAAUGGGUUGUAUUUUCUUCAUCAUUUCCGUAACAACUCAAACGGGCUCCAAGUCAAUUCUCUCAAAAAUCGUGUUUUGUGGCAUCGAAGUCUGA